AAAACAACAGUAUCCUCUUAACCGGACAAAAACCGGAUUUUGCCUAAAAAUAAAACAUGCGUACAGCUUUCAAUUUAUAACAACUCAUCGGUUUUGAUUUCAUUUUAUUUUCUUCAGUCGUGACGAUUUGAACGAUAAGCCGUUAAGAUCAACGAAACCAGUGCUUAACUCAGUAUGUUGAUAAGCUUUAUUCAAAAAUAAACAACAAAUUUUGAAUUCAAAAAUUGUACCAUUCGAUACUUUUGUGAUAUAAUUUUAAAAAAAUGUGCAGCUAGUGACACAAAAUUAUUAUAAAUUUCUGAUGAAAUGAUUGUUAUACAAAAUCAUUUAAUGCGCAAUGUAAUAUAGUGAAAUUCCAGUGGCUCUUUGUUUGACGAAUGUCAGUUUUGUUAACAGAAAGGAUUUUUGUGCCUCUCGAAUAUUCCGUGAUUAUUUGUUUGAAGAAAAUACAUCUAACAUUUAUAUGAUAAACAAAAAGAAACUUUUCUACAUUUUUAACGAUUGGACGUUAAUUGGCAAUGGAAUAUUUUAGGCUAGCGGCGCAAGAGGCAUCAGCACCAGCUCCGCAUGCCAAAGUAUCGACACAAACGAUGGCCACAUCACGGCAAAAUGUUAAAAUUGAAGUGAUACCUACCCAACCAAAUGUGCUUCCAAUGGCAGCCGGACCAACAUCAUUAUUUCUAUUCACCGAAGAUCAUCCCUUACGAAGACUUACACGAUUUAUUAUCGAAUGGCCACCAUUCGAAUACACAAUUCUUGCGACAAUCAUUGCCAAUUGCGUAGUUAUGGCUGCAGAACACCAUUUACCGGGUAAUGAUGAAGACAAACUCACAAAGAAAUUACAAGGAGGAAUAGAAACAGUUUUUCUAGUAAUAUUCAUAACUGAAGCGUCAUGCAAGAUAAUUGCAUUAGGUUUAAUUUUACAUAGAAACUCCUACCUCAGAAGCGCGUGGAAUAUCAUGGAUUUCAUUAUCAUUGUUACAGCAAUUAUGGCUCUAUUUCCGGCACUUCGUUCCAUGAUCGAUUUGAAAACUUUACAAGCCAUACGAGUCCUGCGUCCGUUGAAACUUGUUUCUGGCAUACCAAGUCUGCAAGUGGUCUUAUUUUCAAUAUUAAAAGCAAUGGCACCACUCCUCCAAAUUGGACUAUUAGUGUUAUUCGCCAUUGUCAUUUUUGCUAUAAUCGGUUUAGAAUUUUACUCAGGCGUCAUGCAUAAUACAUGCUACAACAUCACAUACAAACCGUAUAAAAUUGAAGAAGAAGGCGGCAAAGAGGUUCCGUGUAAUAUGGAAAAAAAAUACGGAGCUAAUCCGUGUUCAGAAGACAACACAAUAUUAUGCUUACCUGGAUGGAAAGGACCAAAUAAUGGAAUUACAAAUUUUGAUAAUAUCGGAUUUGCAAUGCUCACAGUUUUCCAGUGCAUCACUAUGGAAGGUUGGACUCCAAUUAUGUACUGGCUCGAUGAUGCAGUUGGUCCUCAGUACAAUUGGUUGUAUUUUAUUCCAUUAAUUGUGUUGGGCUCAUUUUUUAUGUUGAAUCUAAUUCUUGGUGUUUUAAGCGGCGAAUUUGCAAAAGAAAGAGAAAAAGUGGAGAAUAGACAAGAGUUUUUAAAACUUCGGCGACGACAACAGGUUCAAAAAGAGCUUGAUGGUUACGUUGAUUGGAUUUGCAAGGCAGAAGAGACAAUUUUGGCAGAGGACCGAACAACCGAUGAAGAAAAAAUGCAUAUUUUAGACGUGCGUCGACGUCGUGCAGCCAAAAAGCGAAAAUUAAAACUGGCCGGCAAAUCAAAAUCCACGGAUACGGAGGAUGAAAGUGCUUACGAAGAUGAAUUUUCAAGCUUACGAAAGAGUAAGUCAGAGCGUGAAGGUAGUUUUUGGAUUGUUGAAAAACGUUUUCGUUUUCGAAUUCGACGCAUGGUAAAAACGCAGUGGUUUUAUUGGACUGUGAUUGUUUUGGUGUUCUUAAAUACGGCAUUUGUAGCUUCAGAACACUAUGGCCAACCUGAAUGGUUAAAGAGAUUUUUGGAUUAUACGGAAUUCAUUUUUCUUGGACUAUUCAUCUCGGAAAUGUGCCUUAAAAUUUAUGCGAUUCGACCGCGAAAAUACUUUGAAUCGGCCUUCAAUCGAUUUGAUUGCAUCGUAAUAUUUGCCUCUGUGUUCGAAAUCAUUUGGACAGAAUGGAAAGGUGACUCCUUCGGUUUGUCUGUGUUACGUGCACUUCGUUUGCUGCGCAUUUUCAAAGUCACCAAAUAUUGGUCGUCACUGCGAAAUCUUGUGAUAUCAUUGCUGAAUUCAAUGAGAUCGAUUAUUUCGUUACUUUUCCUUCUCUUUUUGUUCAUUAUGAUUUUCGCAAUGUUGGGAAUGCAAAUAUUUGGUGGAGCUUUUAAUUUUGAUUCGGGCACACCAGCAGCCAACUUUGAUACGUUUGGUACUUCGUUGUUAACUGUGUUUCAAAUAUUGACGGGAGAAGAUUGGAACGAGGUGAUGUACCAAGGAAUCGUAUCACAAAAAUCAUAUUAUAACAUGAUUUAUUCAUCAUACUUUAUCAUCUUGACGCUCUUCGGUAACUAUACAUUAUUGAACGUGUUCCUGGCUAUUGCUGUCGAUAAUUUGGCAAACGCACAGGAAUUAACGGCCGCUGAAGAGGAGAAAGAAGAAGAAGAUCGAGACAAACAACUUCAAGAAUUGGAAAAGGAAAUGGAAGCACUGAACGCCGACAAAGCUGGAAAAUCCGAACCGGAGAAUAUCACAACGGUUGCAAUUUCGAAAAAAACUCGAACUAAACCCAAAGCAGAAAUCCCAAUAGAUGAAACGGGACCAAAACCUAUGCUUCCUUAUUCAUCACUGUUCAUUUUUUCAUCAACAAAUUCAAUUCGGUGUGCAGCUCAUUGGAUAGUAAAUUUAAAGUAUUUUGAUUUUUUUAUAAUGUUAAUCAUUGGCUUAUCGUCAAUGGCUUUGGCGGCUGAGGAUCCUGUAGAUGAACAUUCGUCAAGAAACCAAAUCCUUAAUAAUUUCGAUCAUGCGUUCACCGCUGUUUUUGCGGUGGAAAUGUUUCUGAAGAUUAUCGAUUUGGGUUUGUUAUUCCAUCCCGGGAGCUAUUUGCGUGAUAUCUGGAAUGUAAUGGAUGCAAUUGUAGUUGUUUGUGCAUUACUCAGUUUCGGAUUUAGUUUUUUUGAUGGUGGUGGAAGCAUAGGACAAAAUUUGGCCACAAUAAAAUCGUUGCGUGUUCUUCGUGUUUUGAGACCAUUGAAAACCAUCAAAAGAAUCCCGAAAUUGAAAGCCGUCUUUGAUUGCGUAGUUGGAUCGCUUAAGAAUGUCGUAAACAUUUUGAUUGUUUAUUUAUUAUUCCAAUUCAUUUUCGCCGUAAUUGGCGUUCAGUUAUUCAGCGGCAAAUUCUUUUAUUGCACUGAUCCAAGUAUGAACACCGCUGAAACGUGUCGGGGAAGCUAUUUUGAAUUUAGCAAAGGUGAAUUCUUACCCGAGAAAAAAGAUCGAGAAUGGAAAAUACAAGAUUUCCACUAUAAUAAUGUAGCAGCUGCCAUGCUAACCUUAUUCGCAGUCCAAACAACAGAAGGCUGGCCGACUGUAUUAAGAAAUUCGAUGGCUGCAAGCUCUGAAGAUCAAGGACCCAUUCAAAAUUAUCGAUUGGAAAUGUCCAUAUUCUAUAUUGUUUAUUUCGUCGUCUUUCCAUUUUUCUUCGUCAACAUAUUCGUUGCAUUGAUUAUAAUAACAUUUCAAGAGCAGGGCGAAUCUGAGCUGCAAGAUGGUGGAAUUGAUAAAAAUCAGAAAUCAUGCAUCGACUUUGCAAUUAACGCGCGACCUUUCGCCACUUAUAUCCCACCGAAGCGCAAAAAGUAUAAAUAUAAAGUUUGGAAAAUGGUUGUUUCGCCACCAUUUGAUUACGUCAUCAUGGCAUUAAUUGUGUUAAAUACUGUGCUAUUAAUGAUGAAAUAUCAUGGACAAAACGAAAAGUACGAUGAUAUAUUGCGAGGUAUAAAUAAGGUAUUCACUGGUUUAUUUACCAUUGAAGCACUUUUGAAAAUAUUUGGUUUUGGUAUUAAGAAUUACUUCAGAGACGCCUGGAACAUAUUUGAUUUUAUCACUGUUGUCGGUAGCAUCAUCGAUGCAAUCGUAUCAGACAUGGACAAAAAUAAACAAAAGACAGCAAUGGGUGACAUAAAUAUCUAUAAUAGUUUUACUCAGUGGGUGGCAAGUACGUUGAAUUUGGGAUUUCUGCGACUGUUUAGAGCGGCUAGAUUGAUCAAACUACUGCGUCAAGGGGACACAAUUAGAAUAUUACUAUGGACAUUUGUUCAAUCAUUUAAAGCUUUGCCAUACGUUUGUUUACUCAUUGCGAUGCUAUUUUUUAUCUAUUCAAUCAUUGGAAUGCAGGUUUUUGGGCAGAUCAUUCUCGACCCAGAGACGGACAUCAAUCGACACAAUAACUUCCGAACAUUUUUUGGUGGACUUAUGCUGCUUUUUCGGUGUGCAACAGGAGAGGCAUGGAAUAAUAUAAUGAUAUCAUGUGUUAAAUCAGAUUGUGAAAAUGGAAAUAGAUAUUGUGGUUACCCAUUGGCAUUUGGUUACUUUGUUUCAUUCAUAUUUCUAUGUUCGUUUUUGAUGUUGAAUCUAUUUGUUGCUGUUAUUAUGGAUAAUUUUGAUUAUUUAACGAGAGACACGAGCAUUUUGGGAGCACAUCAUUUGGAUGAGUUUGUGCGCAUAUGGGGCCAAUACGAUCCAGCGGCUGAUGGCAAAAUACACUACACCGAAAUGUAUGAUAUGUUGAAAAAUAUCGCUCCACCCUUGGGUUUCGGAAAUAAAUGUCCAAACCGUCUUGCGUACAAGAAGCUCAUGCGGAUGAACAUGCCACUAGAUGAUGAUAAAAAAGUGAAUUUUACAACAACUCUAUUUGCUUUGAUUCGAGAAAAUCUAUCGAUAAAAAUGAGAGGUGCCGAAGAAAUGGAUGUUGCUGACGAAGAAUUGCGUGAAACGAUUCGAAUGAUUUGGCCAUUACAAGCACGAAAAAUGAUGGACUUACUCGUGCCACGAAUUGAGAUGCUCAACAAACACAAUUUGACUGUUGGAAAAAUUUAUGGUGGUCUUUUAAUUCUAGAAUCAUGGAGGAGCACACGUUUUGGAAAAAGAAAAAGUCGCUUUGGGAAAAGUAUUUUUGGAUGCAUAUUGGGUGCCGCAACCCAGGAAAAACAGGAAAAGAAACGACGCAAACGUAACAGAAAAGAACAGACACUCGGUGCCGUUGUUGGAGAAGACCAUAGGAGAAAUCAUACAAGAAAUCAUACAAGAAAUCAUCUUCAAAUACCCGAUUCACAUAGGGACAUGCGAUCCCCGCACCGACACAGCACUGUUUCUCAAGACAUUGCACUAUCAGAUACGGUUGCAAAUUUCGUCGACUUUGUUAAAGAAGGACGCAACACCCGUCAUCGUUAUCGACAUAAUAUGCAUACAAGAUACAGAGGAUCUUGGUCGACAACAUCAAGUCCAGUGCGUUCUCCAUCACCGAGAAAUUCAAAUGCUGGAUUAAAUGGCUAUGGCACAACAAGUUUACAGCAAAGAUCUCGUUCGCCAAGUCCUUCUCACUCAAAAUCAACUCAUUUCAGAGAUUAUCAACAAAGUUAUCAAGUGUUACAUGCUCGACGUGGUCGUGGUCGAGUUUUGCCCGCAACACCAAAUAAACCAUCCAUUUUACAAAUCCCAGAAACAGAAAUUAAAUACGCUGAUUUGCAUUCGAGUACACCACGGUAUUCCAGGCAAAGAAAACGAUCAAUGGCUACACCACACAGUGUUCAUGCAUUCCCUCAUUCUUGGAGUGCAACAUUUAACAAUAACAAUCCAAUUCGACGUGAAAGUUUCGAUGAAGUAAAUUAUCCGCGUUUUCGCGAUAAAGAAAGAGAAUUAUAUGAGAGACAAGUGGCAUUUGAACGUGAACUGGAAAAAGAGCGUCUUGAGGUAGAAGCUGACACACCAAUGUCAUUCGAAGAUGCAAUGGUUAUGGGCCGAACUGGCCGUUCAUUUGCAUCGACAUCACUCAAUCGCCAAAGAUCGACAAUAGUCAGUCGAAACUAUGAUUUAGAUGAAGAAGACUGGUGCUAAUUACAAUAAAAUUCAAUAUUUCCGUACAGCCUAUAGGCUUUAUAGAGCCAACCAACAAACAAAGCCUUGAUAAAUCAAAAUUCGCACAAUGAAGUUCGAAUACAUAACAAUAUACAAUACCUAAUCAGUAUUAUUUGUCAAAAUAUUGUCAAUAUUCUUAUGAACUUCAGCACGUUUCGCUUUUUUGUGAAUAUUGUUAUUGUUGUAUUGUUGCCUUUGUUUUGGCAAAAUAAAAACAGAUUACAUGAGUUUUUUUUACUUUGUUUAAGAAAUAACUUAAUUAAUAAAUGAAAACACAAGCACACGUUCGGCAGUUAACCGUUAAUUCGUCCGUGUCAGUUUUUGAGUAGCAAACGAUUAUGGUGUCUGGAGAUAUCGAAAUAAAGUUGAUUCGCACUCAAAGAGUAUUCUAUUUAAUGUUUACUUGUCUUGUGCUUUCAGUUAUUAUGUCACGAGUCUAAUUGCCAAGGCAAGCAUUGUCAAUUUCAAAUCACAAAGUCAAAAUAAUAAAAUGUUUGAGCAUUGUCA